AUGAAAGCAGCGAAAAUCAUCCUCGGAUACUCCAAGCGCACAAGUAAUGCAGCCGUCAGGGCAGAAUUGGGGAUCCAAUCCCUACGGUCGGGAAGAGACGCGAGGAAGCUGACAUUACAGUAUCGCAUGUGCGGGAUGGGAGAGGAGAGGUUGCCGAGAAUUGUAUGGGAGGCGAAGUGGGCAAACAAAAAGAGGGGUAGACAACCCACGGAAUGGGUCAAGGUUGUAGAGGACGUAUGGAAGGGGCUCGACAUCGACGAAGAUGAAACGCUGGAAACGGAGGGUCUACAGGGGUUCAAGGAGAAGAUAUCUGUUGCUUGUGCCGAGAGAGAACAGAAUCGAAGGAAAGAAACCAAGGAUAAGGAGGGCCUAGAAGUGUACGGAAUGUCGAAGAAAGGAAAAGAGUUCAAGGAUUACCUACAUGGACCAAUGGAUGCAGGAACAAAACUUAAGGUCAAAUUCAGGACCGGGGACAUAGGCCUUCGAGAACGUCGACGAAGACAUAGGACGGUAGACGAGGAAGACGACGAGUUCAAAUGUGAUUGCGGCUUCGAAUGCGAAGACCGUGUUCAUGUAGUCGCGGAAUGUCCGUUGUACAAGAAGGAGAGGGAAGUGUACGUGACUCAGCUGGGAAAAGUAGAUGGAACGUACAGGGAGAUGUUUGAGGCAUGGAAUAGAGAGGAAAGGACGGUAGCUGUACUGGGGCAUAGGAGGUGGGUUGAAAAGGCGGGAAGGGAUAUCGUUAGGAUAGACAGACUGGGGAAGACAUUUUUGAGCCACCUUUGGCAAAGUAGAAAGGAACGAUUGGCCAUCGGUGAUCUUCCUGUGGGAACAACGCUCCGUCCCCUCGAGGACGCGUGGUCAAUGGUCUAA